CCGGGCAGGGUCCCCUCGGGCCGGGCAGGGUCCCCUCGAGCCGGGCAGGGUCCCCUCAGCCCCGUUAGGGUCCUCUCAGUCGCGGCAGAGCCCCCGCAGGGAGCUGCCCGGCCCCAGCACACGCCGCAGCCCCCCCCCCCCCCCCCGCUUUUCUCCUUUUUCUGAGGGUUUCCCUCUGUCCUCCUUCUCCCCUCAUUUUCCCUUCUCUCCCCAGUUUCUCCUGGAAGUACCCCUUCCUCCUGGGCACAUCACCCAGUCGUGCACGCUUUUUUCCACAUGGUUCUUCACGGUUCUGGAAGCUUAGUUUUACUUUCACCUCUCAGUGUCUGCUUCCUGUCUUAUUUUAUUCCCUUUUCAUUUCUGAGAGAUUUCAACGAACGCUGUGCACAAUGUUCAGAAGUAAACUGGGGUCUUACUGAUGGAGGCAGGUUUUAUUGCAGAACUUGCCACAAUGUUACUGAGAGAACUAGAGAUGUUGUAAACACUGAAGUUAUUUGUAAUGCAAGAAUACAGACAAUCUCCAAAGGCUCAAGAAAUCGGGGAAAAAGUGAGGAAGGCUGGGAAUGGUAUGUUUGCGAAGGCUUUCAGCUUGUACUCAAGAAACAAGCUGAAGCUUUGGAAGCACUAGGAGUGUGUCCACAAAUGAAGGAUGAAAUUCUGUGCAAUUUUUGGAGGCGUUACCUCCAGAAGAGCCAACAGGCAUAUUGCGACAGACCAGCUGGUGAAGCUGUCAAAACAUUAUCAGUGUGUGAUAGCAGUACAGACAUGGAUAGUGAACCAGAGAGACCUAGCCUCCUUCACUUGUUAUCUCUCUCUGAAAGCGAUGGAGAUCUACAGACAGAUUGCAGCUUUGCCUCGUCAAGUGGCAAGGUCUCAGAAUGUACCUCUAUGUGCUCUGGAUCGGUAGAUGGUAAACUGUAUUUAAUGAAGAAUCAAAAGGAGAAACUGAGGAUGUCGAUGCCAAUGACCCUUUCGUUGUGUUACAUGGCAUUGCUCUGGCUGAGAGAACCGAUGACGUUAUCUGAUCUCUUAAGGUUUGUUGUCGAAGGUCACAUUCCAUAUUUGAACGUUUAUCAGGAUUUUCCAGAGAAGAUGAAAUUAUAUGGCCUUGAUCUUAAGAUCUUUUGUGUCGAGUCAUGGCCUGUGUAUGAAGAGGUGUACAGCAAAAUGAUUGAACUUGCAGCCUUUUUAGACCUGCCUCGUUUUCCAGAUAUAACAGAGAGCUGCUUUCUCCAUCCAGAUAUGUUGUGCAUGAAGUACUUGAUGGAAAUUAAUUUACCUGAUGAAUUGCAUAAUUGGACUUGUCGAGUGGUGAAAAAGAUUGGUUUCGGAGAAGUGGAUUUCCUGACUCUCACGCCUGGAAAUAAAUCAACAAGAAAAGUGAAAUACGAUGUCCUUGCUGCAGCAAUAAUUGUAGUAGUUCUGAAAUUAUUGUUUUUAUUAGAUGAUCACUAUGAAUGGUUACUUUCAGACUUUGCUGCAGAAAGAAAUAAAAAUAACAAAGAAGGUGGUCCAUAUUUUGAGUUCAAAAAGUGGUACAAAGUUAUAAAACGUUCCUUGGAUGUGGAGCAAAUGAAACUGGAUGAAGAAAGAGCCAAGUAUCUGUGGAGAUGUGAAAAGCCAUUGUUUUAUUCAGUCAAGAAGAAAUCCAAAGUUCUUAGGAGACGACAGAUGGUUGUGAACUUGCAAAAUCAGUUUGGCAAGCUGUCUGGUGCAGUGCGACCUGCUGAAAGGCCAAAUCCUUCAAGUUUUCAGUUAAGUUGGUCUGAAGAAAACACAGAUGGAACUUGUUUUCAUGGGCAUAGCCUGAAGGGAAUUUUGCAAGAAAAAAACAGUGUACUUACAACCAUCAACCCUGACUAUUGGCUGUGCACAAUUAGACUAUGUCCUGAAAAAUUGUGUGGUCAUCUGGCUCACUACAAAGAAGUGGACUUUCCCCAGAGUUACCAUUUUGUGCUAAGGCUAUUCUCCUUUCUUCUGAGGAUACAGCCCUCUUAUAUCCAUGAAGAGGUGUGUGUGAUAGAACACAAACUUUUUCAUAAAAAACUCUCUAAAAAGCCAAAAUACAACACAGGCUUAAGGAAGUAGAGAGACCUAAAUAUAAGAGUAUUAAACCUGUGUGAAUUGGUUUGAUCCCGAACCGGGGUAUCACAUCUACACUACCAAUGUUCCUGUUUCCUGCGUAGAAACCUGUUGAGGUCGUAGUGCUGAGCUCUGCCACUGCACUGCAGCUGUAGUGUCACUUCAUCCGUAAUUUAAGUCAGUCACUGGUUUCCAACUGGGAGAGUUACCAAGGAAACUGUUUACCAAGAUUUAUUUCCUCGCUUUGCAACAGAGCCAACAGGAAGCUAUGAAAUUGCCAUUUUUUCCACAUAAUUUUACAUACUUCAAGUGUACUGGACAGCACAUUGGCAUCUAAUUGCAUUGUAAGAUUUUGCAAUUAAAAUGCUACUCUUUUUUUUUUUUACCGACUUGUAUGACAGCAAAUAUAUUUCUAGGAAGUAAUGUUUACUUUGUUUUGAAAUAGCAUGUUAACAAAUAAAAGGAGCAGGUGGUUGAUGUUUUCACUGCA